CACGUACAUUGGGAACUAAAAACUUUGCAACAUUAGCCAAAGCACAAGCUAAACUUCCAAGAGCAGCUAUUAAUUCUGAUUUAUCUAUAGAAGACGAUACCACAAAAGAAAAAAGGUAAAGAUUUGGUUCUGGUGGAUUCAAAUCGAUAAAGAAUGCCCCUCCUUUAUACAAAGAUGUUUACUCUAGAAAUCCUACAAUGAUACAAUCAAAAAAUAGUUAUGUUUUUUCAAACAAAAAUGAUGAUAGAUGUUUAGAAGUUGAUGAAAAUACUAAUCUUGAGACAUUGGUUGUUAAAGACUUUGGUGGGUCAAUAAGUGAUGUCCCGGAUGAUUCAGAUGACGACCCAGAUUGGGAAAUUAAAUGUUUGAACUAUAAAGUUAGCCAUGAUGAUUCAUCUUCAGAAAAAAGUAUUACUUAACAUGAAACAAGUGUUGUAUCAUUUUCACCUAACACACAGACCUGGAAAGUUAAUGCAUUAAACGAAAGAGAACGAACUGAACUUGAAAUUAAUAAUCAAGGUCCUUUCAGGUCACCCGGAAAAUGGAAUAUUUCUAGUGUUAAUAAUGAAACUAAUGAUAAAGUAAGAUUAGCAAAUGUGACAAGAACCUUGGUUUUAGAUGAAAAUAGUAAAAUGGAGAAUAAUGAAUCAACUUCAGAUGUAGGUACAUCAAAGUUUACAAAUCUGCCAUCUAAUCUUGAUGAUAAUAUGUUCAUAUCUUCUCAUGAUUUUCAAAAAUGUGUAUUUACUUCUUUAACACAUUUUAAGUAUGACAUUAGUGCUAUGAUGCAUAUUGUUAAAGACACCAAUGAAAAGGCUCAAGCGCUCAUAUCAAAAUCAAAUGACAGUAAUUUUGUUUCAACAGUUUCUCUAAAACAAAGUAGUUUGGAUAUGAAUAUGUUUCCUAUAACUACUGAAGACCAACUUAUGGAUAUAGAAAAAAAGAUAGAUGAUAUUCAGUUUAAAAAUGAAUUGGUAUAUAAGUUGUCAUUAUUAGUAGAUAACAACAAUCUAAACACGAGUGUGCGAAGAAUAAUUUCACGUUUAUGUGAUGAUACAUUACUUUUGAACUACUCAUUAACUGGAUUUAAACAUAAUAAGACAUUUAGAAAUCUGAACGUUUAUCGUGUACUUAUUGAUGCUGUGAGAGCGAACGUACAAUACAACAAUGCUCCAGAUCAAAAAAUUGAUAUUCCAUUGCAAGUUUGGUUGGAUCAUUUAAAGUUUAGAAUAAGAGAUAAGGAAGAAAAGAACAAUAAAAACAAAUGA